GGUUGCGACGCGUUUCAGCAAAUUAUAAGUAUGAAUAUAAUGCGUAAAUUACGAGGGGCUACCAGUGUUGGAGGCAUGGGUUCUAGUAGUGCAGGUGGUUUAGACGAUUGUGCGGGAAGUACGAAUUCCCAACAUACCGCUCUGGGUCUUAUGCACCUUAAGAAACUAUUUUCUGAAUACACGCAUUCUGCACAUCCCCUCUCAGAUGCUGAACGUGAUGAUAAACUUUACAAUAUGUUGCCAUUAUUUUGCAAAGUAUUUGGAUCUAGUCCAGCAGGAGAUAUGAGUGAAAAAUUUUGGGACAUCUUGGCAUUUACACAGCAGGUGUCUAGAUUAAUGGUGUCCGAAAUUAGGAGAAGGGCAAGCAAUCAGAGUACAGAGACAGCAAGUUGUGCCAUUGUGAAAUUUCUAGAGAUUGAAAACAGUGAAGAGUCGAGUAAUGGUUGGAUGUUAUUAUCUGCAUUAAAUUUGCUUGCAGCAGGCGAUGCUUCUCUGAUACAGGCAAUGACUACUGCUUCUGUUCCAUCGACAUUGGUGAAAUGCUUGUAUUUAUUUUUCGAUUUACCUGAAAUGAUAGAGGAUGAAGCUGAUCUUACAGAUGCAAACAGUGAUUUUACUCCGAAACAACGUAGGAUACUAUUACAGAAGAUAUUUGUGCAAUUGUUGGUGAGAUUAUGUAGUCACCAGUACCCAGCAGAAGAGCUAGCCCGCAAAGACGAUCUUACUUUAUUAUUCUCAGCAAUAACAAGUUGGUGCCCUCACUAUAAUGUGAUGUGGCGUAAAAGUGCGGCCGAAGUAUUAAUGACUUUAUCUCGACACGGACUUACCCAGAAUGUAGUGAGUUACAUCCACACUAAAGCAUGUAUAGCGCUUUGUAUCGAUAAUAUGCAACGUGUACCUGAGCUGGCGCCGCUGGAAGUAGUAGAAAUGUUUGUCACAGUAUUUUGUUUUUUAAAAGAUUCCAGUGAGGUUUCUCAAACUCUUUUGGACGAUUUUCGUGCUUGUCAAGGAUACAUCUUCCUAUCAGAGUUUUUGUUGAAACAUGCUCCAUCAAGAUUAGAACAAGAUAGUAGAGCGGAAGCACAAGACGCCAUCCGAAAUUUAGUUCUUAUGUUGGCAUCUUUAACAAUGUGUGGACAUACCGAAUUGAAACCAAGCCAAGCUAGUAUGGGAUCUUUAUUUCAAAUGCUUGGUUUUACUUUACCUCAACCAAGUAACAGAGGUGGAAGUGUUCGAAAUAUCCAGGCAUUCCAAGUAUUACAGUCUGUAUUCGUGAAGUCUAAUUCAUCGCUUUUAUGUUGUACAAUUCUCGAUGCGAUAUCUAGCGUGUAUCACAGCGACAAUGCCAAUUAUUUCAUACUCGAAGGGCAAAACACAUUGUCCCAAUUCGCGGAGAAGAUUCACUUGAAAAAUCGGGAAAUACAAGAGAAGUUCUUUCAGCUACUGGAAUUUAUAGUGUUUCAACUUAAUUUCGUGCCUUGUAAGGAACUUAUAUCUCUAUCUAUACUACUCAAAACUAAUAAUUCAACUAGCUGCAGCAUCCUGUGCAUGGAAACACUUCUUAAUAUACUCAGACAUAAUAAUAUAUUUAAGGAUGUGUACAGAGAAGUAGGUAUGUUAGAAGUCUUUGUUACGUGUCUUCACCGUUAUGCAACUUUGCUUAAAGAUAAACAAGCUGCACACGAUCAAGGAUUAGAAUACAAUAUAUGCCCAGAGGAUGAACGAUUGGGUGCCUUAGUAAUGGAAGCGUUGACGACAUUAUUAGCGAGCAAUGUUCAAAAUGCUAAUGUCUUCAGGGAAUGUGGCGGAGCACGCUGUGCUCACAACCUUGUACCCUAUAUGGACUGUCGAUACCAAGCGCUUGGUAUUGUCAGAGAAUUGAUACUUAGCGCAGGAGGAGACGACGACAUGGCUACGUUAUUGGGCGUUAUGCAUACAGCACCUUCCAAUGCCUUAGUUUUAAAGACACACAUAUUGAAAUCUUUAUUGGCUUGUUUACGAGAAUCUCAUCGAACUAGGACCGUUUUCCGGAAAGUAGGUGGUUUCGUGUACGUGAUGUCCGUUUUAGUGUCCCUAGAGGGUCAGUUAGGCACACAAAGAAUAGAAGGCAUAGAACCCUGCAACGAUAUAAUAAAAAGGACAACGCAAGAGGAAGCACAAUUACUAACACUUUUGCACGUUGUAUUUCACACGAUAAGUACAGCAAUGAGAUUUGAACCAGCAAACGCGAAAUUUUUCCAUCUUGAGAUAUGCCAAUCGAGUUUAUGCGACACGUUACGGCUUCUCGGAUGUUUCUCGACGCAGACGAAGUUUACGGAAAUAGACCUAAUACCUACCACGAAUUAUCAUAAUAUGUUAUUAACACUGUUUACUGGAAGCGUAUUAGAACCUGUGUUCCCGGAUGUUAUGCCAAAAACACUAGCCUAUGCAUGUUUGUUGUUACGACUUCUGUACGACGUAGCACUCGAUUCUUUCGACAAGCCGAAUUUGGUGGGCUUAGGGAUGAGGUCGCCGAGUCAUAAGCAAAAUAGCGUUGAGCAUCAAAAAUCGUUCGAUUCUCCCGGAAGUGGGAAGAGGAGCGUGAUAAACUCUUUGAAUUUGAAUCCUCCUGCUCCGGAGCCAAUAGUAGUUCACCCUGGCAUAGUCGUUGGGAUGUUACACUUGCUACCAUCGAUCAUAGAAUCGUCUAAUCCUCAGAUGGCUCUGGUUUUGCAAUUGUACGUGGCUGAAAUCAUUAAAAGCUUAGUACGUUCAGAGAGAAAUCAACAAAUAAUGUGCGACGCCGGAAUGGCGGGUGAACUGCUAUCUGUUGGGAGAAUUGCUUUGCAAGAUGAAACGCAUCCUCUUCAUCAACCGUUACAAUAUAUCAUAGAAAGACUAGCAGCACAGUCUUUAGAGCCACGUGAUUUGAGAGAAUUUUUACGACUGGGUGAUCCGUUGUGUUGUAUUUCACUGGAUGACAUUGAACAGAACAAACCCAGGGGUGGUCCUGUACCAUUGACACGUAUCAAGACUCUAGUCUCCAUGACAACACCGAAGGAUUUCCGUGCCCAUGGUUCUUGUACACUACCACCUUUUGUGGAACUCGACAUGAGUGCCGAAGGAUUUGCAUGUUUAUAUUUACCUAGCGUUGCACCUCAAAGUACAACCCCGCCCACAGUAGUGGCUGCCGAUAGUAGUGUGCUUGGUGGAAUUGGUUCAGGCGACAGACUGUUCCCGCCGCAAACUGGACUUACUUACAGCACAUGGAUAUGUGUCGAUAAAUUUAGCGAUCCUAGAUCGGAUCCCCACUGCGUACGAUUAUUGACGUUAGUACGUACUCCGCAAUCAGCAAGAGAUCUGAUUUGCCUAACCGCGGUUCUUAGCGCUAGAGACAAAGCUAUUAUUGUGUCCACCCAGGAAACACCGAUGCCACAAAAUGUAGGCGAGUGGGAACCAGAAGGAAUCGGCGAAUGUGGCGCGAGAGUAUGGUGUCCUGACCUGCUUCACGAAGGGCAAUGGCAUCAUAUAGCUAUAGUAUUAAAUCGUGCUGUAUUAAAGAAUUCAAGUUUCUCGUUGUAUCUGGAUGGCCAGCAUAUUCACAGUCAGAAGCUUCAUUAUAUUACGCAAGUUCCUGGUGGAGGAGCCGCGAACCUGACCGUGGCGUCACCAGUUUAUGGGUAUAUAGGUACACCGCCUUGUUGGCGGCGAUAUUCCAGGCUCGCGUGGAAACAAGGGCCAUGUCACUUAGUAGAAGAGGUGUUCAAUUCACAGAGCAUAGCGACGGUAUUUAAAUUAGGUCCACAUUAUAUGGGAAGUCUACAGGCUCCACAGUUGUUAGUACAAGAACCGUUGAUGUCUCUCGUGGCUGAAGAGAAAGUCGUGUUUGGAUUAAAUGCCAAAGCGAUGUCUCAGUUAACAUUAGCGAAAAUUAGAAAAGUCUAUAGUCGGGCUGAUAACAAGUCAAUUGCUAAGCAACUGGGCAUGUCGUCGCACGAAAAUGCUACACCUAUCAGGGUUCUUCACAAUUCUGCGGGACAUCUUAGUGGUCCAGCAAGAGCAUUAGGAGGUGUAGUCGUUGGUUAUCUCGGUGUACGAGUUUUCAGUCCUAGACCGGUAGCUACAAUGAUAGAUAACGUGGGAGGAUGUUCAGUGUUGUUAGGUUUAAUAGCUAUGGCUCAAGAUGUAGAGUCUCUGUAUGCUGCCGUUAAAGCGUUAGUGUGCGUCGUAAGAUCGAAUCAAGCGGCUCAGCAAGAAAUGGAUCGUCGAAGGGGAUACCAAACAUUGGCAAUGUUAUUGCGAAGGAAAUGUCCCCUUCUGAACAGCCAUAUUUUGCAUUUGACGUUCAGUCUUGUUGGUACAGUUGAUAGUGGUAGGGAGACCAGUGCAAUACCGAAUGUUACGGCGUUUCAGGAUCUUCUCUGUGAUUUGCAAGUUUGGCACGAGGCACCAGGGGAAUUGUUAAGGUCACUUUUAGAACAUCUGUACGAAUUAAUAGCAGAGUCAAGUGAGAAAAGAACAAAUUUACGUCUGAUGAGAGAUUUGCAAUUGGUGCAUAAAUUGUUGCAUAUAUUAAGCGAUGUGAAACAAACUAACACAAGGCAGAUUUUGCUCGCAUUACUCAGUAUUUUAUUGAGCCAGCCAAGACAAGCUGAUUUACUUUGGUUCGGUCAGUUCAUUGUAGCCACCUUGCCACAAAGUUCAGAGAAACACUUGAUUCUUCGAGAAAGCGAGGGUAACAAAGAAGGGGAAGGGGAGCAUAUACUUCUACGAAAUCGUUGUUUGCAACUUUUACAUUCGUUGUUGUUUAAUGGCCCUAAAGUGAAUGUAAAUAUGUGCGAAGAGCUGUCGAAAGUGUUGGGCUUAGAUUGGAUAUUACUGUUUCUGCAAUCGGGACUUCAUAGCACGACAGUGAUAUGGGGGUUACGAAUUUUGGUAGCCGUUUGUUCGGUACAACUGAUAUUACAGAAAUUUAAAGAAGGCACUAGCAACGGUAGCUGGUUGCGUCACACGGAUCACAACAAAAUGGCAUUGGCACUAGGUUGUCAUCAGCAAAUGUCUGGCGGUGAGUCUAAACCAUCUGGUCUCCACGUACCAGGGUUUCAGCAUUUGGGAUGGUUACUGCCGCAGCACGUGGACCUCGUUCCAGAAUUGUACUUUCUCUUUAUUGCUCUUAUGAUGGGCCAGCCUGUGAAAUUAUUGCCUACCGAUUCAAAACUUGAUCUGGACAACGUGUGGAAUUUCUUGUUCGGUGUCCCAGCGAAUCACACGCUAUCCUCGUUCGCGAGUAGAAUUCACCUCUGCCCUGAGGCAGUGGUUACUCUGUUAACUAUGGUCCGGACGAUGCUAAAUAAUUACUCGAUCAACCCUGAGUCUUUGCCUGACUGGUUAAGUGACUAUCCAGUGACAAUAAUACAGUUCCUGUUCUUCCUCUAUCAUAACUUCACAGAUUUCAUGCAAGUGUUCAUGUCUGCGGAGGUAUUAGGUGCAUUGGCUGGUACUUUGUUCCCAAAACCUUCAAGUUCUAGCCAAGACAGCAGUGGAGCUAGCACUCCAGCAGACGAGCAAGAACCGGUAUUGGUGAGAUCUCCGUCAAAGGAUGUUGGUCUGACGAAUCAUCCGGCGAAAAAGUUCGUUAUGGACUUUCUCAGAGUUAUCGUUGUGGACUCCCUUUCUCUGCCAGUCACUGCGAAAUCUCCACCAGCUAUUGACUUAGUUUUGGAAGCUUGGCCGGAACAUGCGUCCACGGGUCAACAAACACGCUAUCAAACAGAAGUUCUGUCUAUUCUGAUGGAACAUCUAUUGGCUGCUGACGUUUUGAUCGGAGAGCAAGCGGCAUUGCCUGUGGUUCCUGGUGGAUCGGUGAAUAACAUAACGAACAAUGUGUGUUACGUCGCAGCUAGAAUAGUGGACAAAUUGUGGCAAGGUGCUUUGACGAAAGACCCGCAUGAAGUAUUUGAUUUUAUUGUAAAAUUGAUUGGGCAAGCUAAAAGACGACCUGGUGUCGUUAGCAUGGAAGGUUUGCAUCAUUGUUUGAACAGAACAAUUCUGUUCUUGCUAUCCCGAUCAACGGACUCGAUAGCCGAUCAAAUGGCUGUAUUAGAAGCAUUACACAAGCUCACAACACAUAGGCUACUAGUGUUUGGCGCUGGUAACCACGAGCUGGAAUUCAUUGGUUGUUUGUCUCACUGCCUGUUACAAUUAACAGCUGAUAUCAAAGUUGCGUUGGACACCAACAUGAAAACGACGUGGCAUGUUAAUCCGCAAGUCGAAGCCAGCGAUGAUAGAUUGACGUCUCAUCAAGGCCAUAACCUGAUGGUUGUCGCGGCAACGAGAGUUUGGGAGGAGUUAUACGUAUGUAAGAAACCCGCCAUAGAGGAAGUCUUUAAAAUAACACUUCCAGCGCCUAUAGGAAACGAGCGUGCACCGGAAUUGUCGCUAAUAAGAGAUCAAGUGAACGAAGCCUCUUCCAGGCUUUGGUUGAAUUACGUUGUUAUGGAAAGGAAAGCCUCGUACAGGGUCCCAUGGGAACUUCACAAUCAAAUACAAUCGAAAAUUCAAAAAGUAACAGGAGGUUUGACGAGACUGGCAAGUAGGACGAAAGUGAGGAAAGAGGAAUCAAUACGCGUCAGAUUAAGAUUACAUCAAAACACUGUUGCGCAAUGGACAGAGCAACAUGUCGCAUUAGUACGCGAAUUAGCUGCAGCAAAGCGGUUGCAAUAUAUACAAACCAAUCAACACACUCAGAGAUAUGUGUAUCAGGAAUGGUUACAAACUGAAACUGAAUUAACGAGAGAACGUGGCCUAUGGGGGCCACCGACAGCCACCAGGCUUGACAAGUGGAUGCUAGACAUGACCGAGGGUCCGUGCAGAAUGCGAAAGAAGAUGAUGAAAAACGAACUGUUUUAUAUUCAUUAUCCGUACCGACCUGAAUUAGAACACCCUGAUAAUAAACAACUCAAGUAUAAAGUUGCUACCAGUACCGACAGUAAAGAGUACUACUUGAAGCAGCUUGGUAAUUCAUCCGGUAUGUUUGAACGAGAACGCGAUCCUGUCAUCGACGACACUCCGUUGAACGUUAACGAAGGCUCCACCGAAAGUGAACCUCCUAUGGUACCGUGCACUCUGGAACGUCACUCCAGCGAACCCGACGAGACAACAGAGGAUAACGAACAAGAAGAAGAAAACAAUCAGACUGUCCCAGACAAUCAAACUUUGAUACGAUUAUUGGAGGAACACGAGAAGAUAAGUCACAUGUUCAGGUGCGCCAGAAUUCAAGGUUUAGACACAACCGAGGGUCUGUUGUUGUUUGGAAAAGAACACUUUUAUGUUAUCGAUGGGUUCACGUUGCUGAAGUCCAGAGAAAUAAGGGAUAUUGAGAGUUUACCGGAGGCUUAUGAACCAAUUUUACCAUCGCCAGGAUCUCCUAGAAGAUCUAGAGCGAUGAGACAGUGCUCGAAGUUUAAUUACGAAGAUAUCAGGGAAGUACAUAAAAGAAGAUACUUGCUGCAACCAAUGGCGCUAGAAGUAUUUAGCGGAGACGGCAGGAACUAUUUGUUAGCAUUUCCGCGUAAAGUGCGGAACAAAGUCUAUCAGAGAUUUAUGACAUUCGCGACGGCUAUAGCUGACAGCGCCCAGCAAUCGGUGGCUGGUCAAAAAAGAACGGCGAACGUGGAACAAGCGACAGGCUUACUUUCGAACUUAAUCGGUGAAACUUCUGUCACCCAGCGAUGGGUGAGAGGUGAAAUAUCAAACUUCCAAUACUUGAUGCACCUCAACACUUUAGCCGGUCGUAGUUACAACGACUUAAUGCAGUAUCCUAUAUUUCCGUGGAUAUUGGCCGAUUAUGACAGUGAAGAAUUAGACUUGACCGAUUCGGCAACGUUCAGAGACUUCAGCAAACCUAUGGGCGCACAGAGUCCAGAACGAUUAUUGCAGUUCAAAAAGAGGUAUAAGGAAUGGGACGAUCCACACGGGGAAACGCCUCCUUAUCAUUACGGAACACAUUAUUCUUCCGCCAUGAUAGUAUGCUCCUAUUUGGUGAGAAUGGAACCGUUUACACAACACUUUCUUAGGUUACAGGGUGGACAUUUCGAUUUAGCGGAUAGAAUGUUUAACAGUAUCAAGGAAGCUUGGCUUUCUGCUUCUAAACACAACAUGGCUGACGUGAAGGAGCUUAUACCGGAAUUCUUUUAUCUUUCGGAAUUUCUCGUGAACUCUAAUCAUUUUGACUUGGGUUCGAAACAGAGUGGUGUACAAUUAGGAGACAUUGUACUUCCACCGUGGGCCAAGCAAGAUCCUCGAGAAUUCAUACGCGUGCAUCGACUGGCGUUAGAAUGCGAUUACGUUUCGCAGCAUCUUCAUCAAUGGAUUGAUUUGAUAUUUGGUUGCAAGCAAAAUGGACCCGCUGCGGUUGAAGCGGUGAAUGUGUUCCAUCACUUGUUCUACGAGGGCAACGUUGAUAUUUACAAUAUCGAUGAUCCCUUAAAAAAGAAUGCUACCAUUGGAUUCAUCAAUAAUUUUGGUCAGAUACCAAAGCAAUUAUUUAAAAAGCCACACCCAGCUAAGAAGAUGACGCAAAGGACUAGCGUUAUCGAUCCUGGACCAAUUACUCCAGGCUUAAGUAUCACCACGUCUGAUAAAUUAUUCUUCCACAAUCUCGACAAUUUGAAACCUUCGCUUCAGCCUAUCAAAGAAUUGAAAGGUCCUGUCGGCCAAAUACUUCACGUGGACAAAGCAGUGCUGGCCGUUGAACAAAAUAAGACCCUGAUUCCCCCUACGUACAACAAGUACGUUGCAUGGGGUUUUGCGGAUCACUCUCUUAGAAUAGGAAACUAUGACAGCGAUAAAGCUAUAUUCGUCUGCGAAGCUAUGAUGCAGAGUAGUGGGGAGAUAGUUGCUUGCGUUUGCCCGUCUUCCAAAUUGAUAGUAACCGCCGGCACAAGCUCCGUUGUGACUGUUUGGGAAUACACCAAGAGACAACUUUCCAUCAAACAGUGUCUCUAUGGUCACACUGACGCUGUCACGUGUUUGUCGUCAAGCCCAGCGUACAAUGUGAUCGUGUCAGGGUCGCGAGAUGGUACAGCAAUUAUAUGGGAUCUAUCUCGAUGUUUGUUUGUACGUCAAUUACGUGGACAUGCUGGACCUGUGGCCGCAGUAGCCAUAAAUGAAUUAACGGGUGAUAUCGCAACUUGUGCAGCUACAUGGUUACACGUGUGGAGUAUCAACGGCGAAGAACUAGCGAGUGUGAACACAUGCGUUGGACGAGCUGAUAGAAUGCAGCAAAUUCUGUGCGUGGCUUUCAGUCAGACUAAUGAAUGGGACUCGCAAAAUGUGAUUAUGACAGGAUCGACUGAUGGUGUAGCUCGUAUGUGGUCAAUGGAUUACGUGCAAGUGCCUGCAGAGAAAGAUAAACCGGAGGAGGUUGCCGCGACCAAAGAAGAAACUACAAAGUCAAGCAAAACCGAGAAUCAGAAUGAAACUACUAAGAAACGAGUACACGAGCUAGUAAAACAAAUGAGCAUAUCUGCCGAAGGUUCAGGUAUGCUGGCGAAAAGUGGUUCAGAAAGUAGUCUCUCGGAAGCUGAAAAUUCUAAAGAAGCGUCAAGACUACACGAAGAGAAAGAAGAAUGCUCGGACAACGAGUCGAGUAAUGGUUCGAGUAGCAAACCAUCACCCCAGAAUAAUAACACGCCUCCUGUUGUGCUCCGUAGGAAAAGUCGUGGAAAUCCUAUGUUUCGAAAAAGCGAGGGCGGAGGCCGUGCAGAUAGCGAGGGCACUCAAACAAGCGAGGUAUCAAGCAGUGCUGGAGAUUCCGAGGGUGCCUUACGGGCUAGUAAGAGUGACACCAGUUUGACAGAUAGCUUCGUGAUGGUAACAGAAGCUGACACGAAACCUAAAAGGAUUAAUCCGCAAAAUAUCUUAAGAGAUGGUUUCAUGUGGCAACGGCAGCUAGUAUUUAGAAGCAAGUUAACGAUGCAUACUGCGUAUGAUCGUAAGGAUAACGCAGAACCAGCCUCUAUAACGGCCCUUGCAGUGUCAAGGGAUCAUAGAACAGUAUAUGUAGGCGAUACAAGAGGAAGGGUGUUUUCGUGGAGUGUAUGCGAGCAACCGGGACGUACAGUUGCUGAUCACUGGCUGAAAGAUGAAGGUGCAGACUCUUGUGUUGGUUGUGGAGUUCGAUUUAAUCUUUAUGAAAGGAGGCACCAUUGUCGCAACUGUGGACAAGUCUUCUGUUCAAAAUGCAGCCGGUUCGAAUCGAAAAUUUCGAGGUUAGGAAUUUUAAAACCAGUCAGAGUUUGUCAGGGUUGUUAUUCGUCGUUGCGCUCUCAACAUUCCACCGAGAGCAGCGCUUAA